GCAAUUUUGCUACAUAUAUAUACAUAACCAGCAUCUAGAGAAGCGAUACCAGUCUUUCCAGUCGUCCCUGUAACAAUUAAACAUGAGUGUCAACAUUUCCCCGGAAUCUUUCAGCCCGCCUUUCCAUUUUAAAGGCGUCAGGUUCUUUCCCGCUGCCGACCUUCGGGCGGUGGAACUAGCGGAAUCGUUUGAAGUCAGAGACGACGACGUUUUCGUGUCGGCCUACGCCAAAUCAGGCACAACAUGGGUACAGCAGAUUGUGUCUUUACUCUCCACCGAGGGUGAUCUCAGCGAAGUGAACAAAGUCCCGAUCUUCGUCCGGGUGCCAUGGUUUGAGACUAUGGACAUGUCUGGGACGGGGGAGCCGCUUCCCAAGAUCCUGAAGGACGCCCCCUCUCCCCGCCUAAUGAAAACACACCUGCCGUAUCGCCUGCUACCCAAGGAUGCUCGGGAGGGGAAGGGGAAGAUCAUCUACUGUGCAAGAAAUGUGAAAGACGUGGUGGUUUCCUGGCACAAGAUGAGAGAGGGCUUCAAAUUCAUCCCAUCUGGGACGUUUGAUGAAAACUUCGAAGAAUUCAUCAACCCUGAGCAAGCUGCCUUUGGAUUCUGGUGGGACGUCGUCCCGGAGUACUGGCGUCACAAGGAUGACAACAACGUGCUCUUCCUCAAGUUUGAAGACUUGAAGCGGGAGGACCUACGUGGCAACGUGGUGAAGAUUGCUGACUUCCUGGGCAGGACUCUGUCCGACCAGCGCAUUGAUGAGGUGGUGGCCAACUGUACCUUCUCUGCCAUGAAGGACAACGACGCUACAAACUUCUCUCGGGAUGAAGCGUUCAAGGACCAAAGGAAAGAUGGUUUUGAGUUCAUGCGAAAAGGAAAAGUUGGAGACUGGAAAAACUCCCUCAGUCCUGAGCAGAGUAAAAUCCUGGACGACAUCAACAGAGAGAAAAUGGCGGGCGUUGAUUUGUCCUUUGAGUUCGAGUAAUUUGAAUACGUACCGACUGCACGUUUAAUGUCAAAACAAUGACCUUGAGUUGUUUGUGUUCAGCUGUGCUUCCGCCUUUGUGAGAUCUUAAAAACACCGAUAUGUUUAUGAUCACGGCCCUGAAAAUGGACUUUAAGGCAGAGAUUCUUUUUCCUUCUUGUUUUGGAUUUUGGCCGAAAAUAAGUCAUCCAAACUAAUCAUGGAUUAGGAAAUUAGUAGUUCCAACAUCGUAUUCUAACGAUAUAGAUAUACUUAUGGUAAGUAAAUACAGUUUUCAAUGCUUUAUGAACUAAGGAAAACUGCUGGAAAACGAUUCUACAACAUUUUUGUUACGAAAAUUUUAUAUCCCUAGCCUUGCUAUAGUGUGACCGGUCAACCAAAAAGGCUAGGGUCGGCAGGAUUUUGCUGUGGAACGUCGGCAAAUCGGAAAUAUAGUAUUUUCUU